AUGCAGGCGACGAGGCGCACAAUCGACACCGUGGACAAGGUGACAGACAAGGGCCGUAUGGUGUCGGGCUACCUCGAUCGUUAUGAGAAGGGCCACGUAUUUACUUCGCGAUGGUUACAGUAUUUCUACGUGCUGAAGCAUGCGACGCUUACAUGCUACAAGUCGAAGAGCGAGUACGAAGAACGUGGACCUCCGCUUGAGCAGCCUGUUAGCAUUAGUGGCUACAGCGUCGUACGCAGUCGAACUGAUGAACUCAAGAUCAAAUUGGUUCCACCCGGUGCAAGCCGUCGAAUGUAUCGCUUUCGCGCCCCUGCCAGCGUAGGCCGUGAAACGUGGAUAAAGCGAUUUACAGAGGCCACACAGCUCACAAGCCGAUAA